AUGGAUGGCCCCUCCGAGUCGUGUUCGCUCUUUCGAUCCGCUCGCCUGACCUACCGAACCUUUCGUCCUGAUGACUUCGAUGUUUUCUACGCAGCAUUCAACGAUCCCGAGGUGUUGAACGGCAUAAGGCCCGAGCCUACAGCAGUCAGUAGCGGCGAUAUGCUAGCGAAGUUCAGAACCUGGAGCGAGACCUGGGCGCUCUGCCUCGUUGUCGUGAACACAGAGACUGGCGACUUCAUCGGUUCGGUCCGCAUGCGGUGGGUUCAUCCACGCGAUGGGGAGAUCGGCAUGCUCGUGAAGCCGAGCGAGUGGAGAAAGGGGUAUGGUACGGAGAUUUGUACCUGGGUGAUGCGACACGCUUUCGAAAGUCUUCACGCACAUCGAGUAUCUCUCUCAGUUUUCCAGUCCAACGUCAAAGCCAUUUCCCUAUACAAAAGGCUAGGGUUUGUUCAAGAAGGGGUCAAGAGACGGGCUCGUUUCGCGCAUGAGCAGUGGGAAGAUAUAAUCUAUAUGGGGAUCCUGGAUGAUGAAUACUCCGACAAAGGGAGAUACGAUGUUUGA